AUGGCCGCUGAACUUACUGCUUGCUGUGGCUUCCUCCAGAAUCAGUCGCCCCUCAACCAGAAGACAUUUCACCUCCCCGACGGGCCCGAGCAGGAGGCACGCGACGCGGACGUGCGCACCGCGAUCGCGCGGGGGCUCGAGCGGCUCCACAAGGGGCGUGCGGUCAGCGCGGGCGACGUCGCGUGGAGCGCGGGCGCCGCGAACCAGUGGGCGGGCGAACGCAAGAACAGGGAGCAAGUUUUGGACGAUGCUGCUGAGCGCUGA